UAGGAACAGGAGGAGGUAGGUAAUCGUGGCAGUGCCACCGUCGCCCUUAUUGACCUUAGCGCUUGGCGGCCUCCUUGUCUCAACCAAGCCUGCAAAUCUCAAAUCGCCAUUUUCAUUCUAAACCGCGCAAAACCCACUUCCAAUUCCACCUGCUCUUCACCUCUUUAACUAUUGCCAUGGCUUUCUCUGCAAAAUUGCACCCCUUCUCAUCGACAUCCCUCAUUUCUUCCUCCAAAUCCCGUCGACCCCUUUCUCCGCAUAAUGCUUUCUUUCUAAAACCCCUUACAAUUAGAGCUUCGACCACUUUGGAUUACUCCAAAUACUCCUCAGAGGCGACACGCUCGACCCCAUUAAAGGCUAGUAACUGGCAGUGGAAAUUCAAAGACAAUCUUAUAAACAUCUAUUAUGAGGAACAUGAAAGCCAGAGUGCUGAUCCACCUAAAGAUAUUCUCAUGAUACCCACGAUUUCUGAUGUUAGCACUGUGGAGGAAUGGAGAAUAGUGGCAAGAGAACUUGUACAGAAGGAUAGUAAAAUCAAUUGGCGUGCUACUAUCGUUGAUUGGCCUGGUCUAGGUUUCUCUGAUAGGCCAAAGAUGGAUUACAAUGCUGAUGUGAUGGAGAAGUUCUUAGUGGACUUGAUCAAUGCUCCUGAUGGUCCAGUAAGCAGCUCAAAAGAUGAUUUGGUGGUAUUUGGAGGUGGCCAUGCAGCUGCACUAACAAUUCGUGCAGCAAAUAGAGGUUUAGUGAAACCAAGGGGCAUUGCCGCUGUUGCACCCACAUGGGCUGGGCCACUUCCUAUUGUAUUCGGUCGGGAUUCCAGCAUGGAGUCGAGGUAUGGAUUUCUUAGAGGCACAUUAAGGGCACCUGCUGUAGGUUGGAUGAUGUAUAACAUACUCGUCAGCAAUGAAAAGGCAAUUGAAUCACAGUACAAAUCUCACGUCUAUGCCAACCCUGACAAUGUUACUCCAGAAAUCAUUGAAAGUAGAUAUGCAUUGACUAAAAGAGACGGUGCCCGUUACGUGCCUGCUGCUUUCUUGACGGGUCUUCUUGAUCCCGUCAAAUCCCGAGAAGAGUUUGUCGAACUGUUUUCAGGGUUGGACGAAAAGAUGGCAGUUUUAGUUGUAUCAACAGAAAAAUCACCCAAGAGGUCCAAGGCAGAAAUGGAAGCUCUACGAGGAGCCAAAGGGGUGAGCAAGUUUGUGGAGUUGCCAGGAGCCCUUCUGCCUCAAGAAGAGUAUCCGACAGUAGUUGCAGAAGAACUCCAUCAGUUCUUGAAGGAGAAUUUUGAGGUUACAGAUUGAAAUGUACGUGUAAGUUGUUCCUUAAUUUUGUCUAAAAGAAUCUCAUUUCCAUACACUCAAGCUCCUCUUCUGCUGUUUAGCUAAGAGUGGUAGAUUAUUUUGCAUAUCAUUUAAACAUAUCAUUAAAUGAUCAUAAUGUCAUGUCACUUCCUAUUUAUUGGAAAGAUUUAAAUCU